GAGGAGAGGAGAGGCUGUUGAGGAGCAACAAAACAAUAAACAGCUACUACUACAAACCACAUCGGAGGAGUUCACGAUACACGCCAGAGGAGUACCAAACAAAUAAUUGAGACAACGCCAUCGUAUUUGCCUCGGAGUGAAGUCACAGCCAUGUAUCUCAACAGGGAAGAGGACAAUAGCAAAGGCUCAGUGUCCCUCAGUGUGUUCCUGGUCUCCCUCGCAGUGACAGUGUGUGCUGUUUGGCUGGUGGCUCUUUGUGGCGUCUGUGGUUGGUGUCAACGCAAGCUGGGGAAGAGGAAUAAGCCAGGAGUGGAAACAGCAGACACUCCAGACUCGGCACGUGGGCGAGGGGAGAAGAAAGCCAUCAAUGAUCUAGACAGAGACUUUUGGAAUAACAAUGACAGCAGCACAGUGCAGCAGAGGUGGAGCUCCUAUCCGCCCAAGGAGUUCGUACUAAACAUUUCUCCCUAUGCCCCAUAUGGAGAUCCUCGCCUCACACUCAAAGAAGGCAAGAUGGUGGUCCUGGCUUUGGCCAUUGGUGUGGCCGAGCAAGAUGACUUUGCCAAUAUCCCUGACCUGCAGGAAACAUCGCAGGCAGCAGCACCACCACCACCAGCAGCAGCCAAUCAGGAGCCCCCUCCUGAGAAGAGGGGCAACAAGCCAGCCAACAGCCCCAAGGGCCAACCCCCUGAUGCUGACGGUCACUCCUCCGUAACUGACCUGGCCAACUCGCUCACUGGAGACAUGGUGAUGUUGUCUCCAGGUUCGGAGGAUGAUGACGGUGAAGGGCCGAUCAGUGAGAAGCUGGGCCGGAUCCAGUUCAGCAUAGGCUACAGUUUCCAGAACACGACCCUCACUGUCAAAGUUCUCAGGGGCCAGGAACUCCCGGCCAAGGACUUCUCCGGCACCUCCGAUCCCUUCGUCAAAAUCUACCUGCUGCCAGACAAAAAGCACAAACUGGAGACCAAGGUCAAGAGGAAGAACCUCAACCCCCACUGGAACGAAACCUUCCUGUUUGAGGGCUUCCCGUACGAGAAGGUGAGAGAGCGCACCCUCUACCUUCAGGUGUUGGACUACGACCGCUUCAGCAGGAAUGACCCUAUUGGAGAGGUGUCAAUCCCCCUCAACAAGGUGGAACUGGGCCAGAUAAAGACCUUCUGGAAGGAGCUCAAGCCCUGCAGUGAUGGCAGCGGGAGACGAGGAGACCUGCUGGUGUCUCUCUGCUAUAAUCCCACUGCCAACAUCAUCACUGUGAACAUCAUCAAAGCGCGUAAUCUCAAAGCCAUGGAUAUCGGCGGCACCUCAGAUCCCUAUGUGAAGGUGUGGCUGAUGCACAAGGACAAGCGCGUAGAGAAGAAGAAGACGGUGACGAUGAAGCGUUGUCUGAACCCCGUCUUCAACGAGUCCUUCCCUUUCGAUGUGCCCGCCCAUGUGCUGAGGGAGACCACCAUCAUCAUCACCGUCAUGGACAAGGACAGGCUUAGCCGCAACGACGUUAUCGGCAAGAUCUACCUAUCAUGGAAGAGCGGACCAGCGGAGGUGAAGCACUGGAAAGACAUGCUCGCUCGGCCGCGCACUAACGUCGCCCAGUGGCACGCUCUCAAGGCCUGAUCGCACCACCCAGCUUCCUCCAUGGCCCCUUCCCGUCUCCCACUACCACUCCCCCUCCUCCCUCCCCUCCUCCCACUCCCGUCCUUAUGCACAAGACUGACUUGCUGCCAGGCUGCGAAACACGGGUACAAUUAGCCAUCUGCUCUCUUAAACCUUUAAACUCUUUUUCUCUUUUCUUUCAAAAUCUCUAUUCCUCUCCGGCUCUUCUCACCUCCUCUGUUCCCUCUCCCUCAUUACAGCCGUGUCUUAAGUUCCGUGUCUCACCACUUUGCCAAUGGUCCCCCUGUUUCUGACUGUCUGUAUGUCUGUCUGUCCUUAUGCACUUUGCCUGUGGAGGUCUGAUGUUCAGUUUCUUUGUGGGCCCCUUGGUUCUGAACUGCACUGCAGCCCCUGACCCAUUAAUGGUGCCAGUCCCGUGGGAUCACAGAGAAUCUUAAGUAACGAUCUAAUCUCAUAUAAUCCUAUUGUAUGACUAUUCCAGGUACACGAUACUAUACAGUAUGUACAAUAUGUACAUAUACAUAUGAAUAUAUUAGGCGAAUAGAUUGGCAGAACUCCCCCUAUACACAUGACUAUUAUACAGUAUGUUAUCCAUAGCCUGUCUGCUGUUUCCCAUCUCUCCCGUCUCUUCAUUUGUCGCCUUGUCAUCCGUCUCAAGUGUACAAUAUCCUCUCCCUCUUUCAGUGCUCCCUCCUUCUACUCAAAAGUGGUUUAAUGUUCGGUUCAAGUUGUGGAAAGCAAUCAAUACUCGGUGUGUGAUGAAUCCAGCUGAACUCAAGAUGGAGUUGUUGAUACUGCUGUCUCUUUUCUCCCUCUUCUUUUUCUUUCCCCCCUCUCUUCUAUGGUCUUCUUUAUUUCCUUUAUUGUUCCCUCUUUCUUUUUCCUCUGGCACAAUAUUAGUGAAUCCAACCCUUUCUGGAAUCCCCACCCUCUUGUCGUCUGUGUGCUGUGGGUGCUGUGCUGUAGCUCCAACAAAAAUAGAGAUUAAAAAAGAAAAAAAUAAACUGAACUUUCCGGAACUGGGAAAGCGGGAACACAAUAAACUUACGAAAUGGAUCGCUCCUGAUUUUUCCAGACAAAAAGCCCUGACGUGGAGAGAGAAAAAAGAAGAUGAAAAAAAAAAAACCCCUACCACCACCAACAACAACAACAACAAAUCCCCCAUGAUAUGAUGAUGUCAUUUUUCACAGCAUCACCAACUGAGGAAACCAAUUUAAAAAUCUUUCAAAUUUAAGAUAAAAACAGAAGCAAAACGCUUGCGCUGUUUGUGCACAUACGUUCGGUUGUGUGUGCACACAUUUGUGUGUUUCUUGAUGCUAUGAAUUCUUUUGUGCUGCCCUGUGCUGUUGUCUUGUGCUGAUGGGGGUCGAGCUCCGCCAGUUUUGCCUGUAUGGUGUACUGCGUUGAUGUGUGCCUGUUGCUGCGUGUGCUCGAGUGUGUGUGUGUCUGUGAGUGUGUGUGUGUAUGCGUUCACAGGAGCAACACAAUUCAGACUGGGCAGAAAUCUUCUUCUCUUUUCUCUUUCUCAUCUUGUGCUCUUCUUGCUCUUCUUACUGCCAUUGUUUCCCCCGUCCUCCUUUACUGCCCUGCCUUCUGAACGAGGGCUCAGUGAAGUUCUCUCUGCACUUUUUGAAAAUGUAAUAACAAUAAUAAUGAUGAUGACAGUUUUUAAGAUGAUUAAAGUACUGGUGAAAAUAAAGGGAGGAGUAUCUGAAAGGGUGAGCGGCAGUUGGGGUAGAGGAGACGUCUGCUCUGUGAUUUCAGGGUUUGGAGAUGAAGUGGAGGACACAGAGGAUGGAUGUCGGGCUCUCAUCCUCCUCUUUUUGUUUUCCUCAGUGUACCUUGGUAUGUGUGUGUGUA